UGAUUGAGGUGCGCCAGCUUACGGGGCUCGGCCGAAAUAAACUGGAGAAGACUGAAGUCUGAUAUUGAAUGCUGGAUUUUACUCUUCAGCUACUUUCCACUUCCCUGACUGACACUGACAGUUUAUAUUGUCACCGAGUCCCGUGGUGGAGUACUCUACUUACUAGAACUUGAAGAGCACUUAUCAGCAAGUAGAGACUUCAGCCACGAAUCAGAUCGCAGCUAUGCCUUCAGUCGUUAAGGAUAUCAAGGUGACUCCUAUGGAUCAUGGGCUCAAAAGCAAUGUCGACUUUGUAGCAACAGUGCACGGCGUCGACCUCAACAACCUCACCGAUUCUGAUUUCCAAGUGAUCCAUGAAGCUCUUCACAAGCACAAAUUACUCGUAUUCAAGGAGCAGCCUGCGAUGCUUCAUCCUCAAAAGCAGUAUGACCUGACCAGAAGAUUUGAUCCAGAUGAGACAACCGGCGGAUUUGCUCAUGGUGUUGAUCCAUAUCUCACUUCUCACAACGGUGUGGACAUCUACGGAUUACCGAAUCGCCCAGCAAUUCCGGUACAACCUCAAGUCCAUAUCCUCGGUCGUGGCGCCGUCCCAGAUGACCACUACCAAUUUCCACCUGGAUUUAAAGUCAAAGGGAUUAAUCAUCACUACUUCCAUCUCCCUCCUCAUAUCCCAGCCGAAGAACGGGAGGCAGGAAAGUCUCGUUUUUAUCAAUGGCACUUUGAUGGUUCUCUGUACAACAUCCCUCCGCCUCGAGUAGGAUGCUUGCUUGCUGUACGAACGCCAAAAGGACCAGAUGUGAGAGUUCAGUGGGAUGAUGGAACAGGUACCGAAAUGACAAUUGCCCCAGGAGCAACUGCCAUGGUCGCUGGAUCUCGUGCACUGGCACUUCUUACCCCAGAGCAAAGAGACAUUGCAUACAAUAGCAGCAUCGAAUAUGCACCUCACUGCUUCGAGUGGAUGUCGACAGCGCACAGCACUCGCCUAGGUCACACGCUUGAGACGGAGGGACUAGAGAAGCCGUUGGAUAAGCUGAAGCCAUGGUCAAAAGACAAGAUCUGCACCUACCCUAUGGUGUGGAAGAACCCUGUGACUGGAGAAGACAGUCUCCAGAUUCAUGGCCAAGGCGCUUUUAAGCUGUUCUUGAAGAGUAGCCCAGAUGGCGAAGAGACUAUUAUUGAUGAUCUGGGAGAAGUCAGAGCUUUCAUGCACAAGAUGAUGCGUCCAGUCCUUGAUCCAUCGAACAUCUAUGCUCACAGGCAUGAGGAGCAAGAUGUCAUCUUGUGGUACAACCGUGCUCUUUGGCACAGUAUCACUGAGUUUCCGGAAUCGUAUGGUCCAAGGAUUAUGCAUCAGUGCAACAUUGCUGCGUCAGAUCAUCCAGUUGCAGCCAGAGAAGUUUCUACGUGAAGGUGAUGAAGAUUGCCUUGUGGCGGACGGCAGUCGAGUUCAGCCUUGUACAUAAUUAAUUCACGCCCACCGACGUAUCCUGUGCCUGCCCACUCAAGACCGGUAUAUCAAUAUCAACUUCAAUAAUCAUUUUCGUAUAUAACAAUCUCUCAGCCAAGCCAUUCAUUUACUAACCACUUCAAUUUCAUUUCUACUACCAAAAAUUUCUCAAGUUACCUCGCUAACAAAGUCACAG